AUGGAGAACAUCAAGCUGAUACUCUCAGACCUGACCGGCGAGAUCGGCUGGCACGUUUCUUCGGCAUGGCAUUACUACUCACCCCCUAUCUUCACAAGCGCCUACGAACGUCCCCUCUUUUGGUUCGGCGCCUACUUCGCUUUUCGAUACAUUCGUCUGAUCGUUCACCUCAUUGCAUUCUGGUGCUACGAACCGACUCCAGUUCCCGAAAACCCAACCCUGACCUCUCAAGACUGCUCCGUGAUCCUACCAACCGUCGAUCCCGCCAACAAUGAAUUCAUUCACUGUCUCGAAUCCUGCCUCGUCAAUCGUCCCAAGGAGAUCUUCAUCGUCGUAGUCGGAAUGGAAAAGUAUGCAAGCUGCAAGUACCUGAUCAACAAAUAUACAGAGGCCUGCUCAGACACGAAAAUCACAAUCCUCACAGCCCAACAAGCCAACAAGCGUACUCAAGUGGCCCUCGGCAUCCGAAAAGUCAAGACGAAAAUAACCGUUCUCCUUGACGACCACGUUCUCUGGGGCCACAAAUUCCUCCCCACAGCCCUAGCCCCUUUUGAAGAUCCCCAAAUCGGAGCCGUAGGAACCAACAAACGUGUGCGAAAAGAACACACAGGUUUCAAUGUCUUGUCUUACUGGAAUAUGCUCGGAGCCAUCUAUCUCGAACGCCACAACUUUGAAAUCCGAGCCACCAACAUAAUCGACGGCGGAGUCUUUGUCAUUUCGGGCAGGACUUCUCUCCAUCGUACCGUGAUUCUUCAGGACAAGGACUUCCUCCCGGGAUUCACGAAUGAGAGAUUCUUCUUCGGGCUUUGUGGACCCCUGAAUCCUGACGAUGAUAAUUACAUUACCCGAUUUGAAGUCUCUCGUGGCUGGGGGAUUAAAAUCCAGUAUUCUGAUGAUGCAUGCAUUGAGACGACGUUGGGAGCUUAUCCCAAAUUCGUACAGCAGUGUCUUCGAUGGGUUCGGACGACUUGGAGGUCGAAUUCUGCGAGUCUGAUUACUGAUCGGACGGUUUACAGGAGUCAACCUUGGUGUGUCUAUGCGGUGUACAUUACCUCGYUCUUCAACUUUGCAUUGUUCAAUGAUGUUGGACUGGCUUAUCUUCUGAGGGCUUCGGGGUACGGAACUCUCUGGACAUAUCUUGCAUUAGGAACCUGGAUUUUUGCAACGAAGAUGGUCAAAUUAUGGGCUUACUUCCAACGUCAUCCAGAAGACUUGAGGAUGUUGCCGGGAUACUUUGCUUUUGCUUACUUUCACAGUCUGAUCAAGCUGUAUGCGGGUUUCACCUUCUGGAAUUGUCAUUGGGGUGGCAGAGAUUUAGCUGGUAUCAAUCGAGCCGCUGGAGGAGGAACAAGUACUUCGUCAAGACAGCACAGUCUCAGUUCAAGACCAGGCAGUUCUUCAUCGAGUGGGUCAUCUCGAUAUUCCAAUGUUCCACCAGCGAAGGAGGCCAUGAAUACUACCGGAGAAGGUCAUUUCACGCCUAUCGAUCAGGCAUCUCCAGGACCACAGGUCGAUAGCAAGUCCGCCACGCCAUCACCUCAAACAUCUCAAGCCCGUGAAAGUUCAGCUCCUGCACCAGCAUCUCAACCCGCUGGUAUUGUUGAAUAUAUUCCGUCUUCAGACUCCACCACACCAGAGGAAACACAAUCCCUCACCACACCACCAAAACUCCAAACAGAUCCCAAAACACCACCAGCACCCUCACCCACCACUCGUCUCGGAACCUCAGGCGAUCUCCCUCAAGAAAACGUUUCCAUCGGUCCACGGGAAGGCCCCAUAACCUUCAGCCCACCCGCCAACAUCGAAGACUACCACCGACACGGCCCCCCUCCAACGUCCACAAGGCUACAAUCAUCAUCAGGCCCCUCCAUCUCCUCAACCAAUGAACCCUCAUCCACCACAUCCAACCCAACAAAUCUGCAAAGACAGCACCCCGCCUCAAACAAAGACUUCACAGAAGACGAAAUCCCAGGCUUCGGCGCAUCCUCCCUCUUCACAGUAUACACCCCUACUUCCGCCGCUAAGAUCAAGGCCCAACUUUCCGCAGCAACUCCUGCACCCUCCCCAUACACCACAGCAGCAGCAUGUAAACACUGCCUCGAACACCGUCUGCUAGCCAUCCUUUUGAUCGUCAUUUGGUUGGGUACUUGCGUCGUGCAUUAUAUGAUUGCGAAAUUAUAUCAAUUACCUUUGGGAAGUGGAGUUGGAAGUAGUACCACGGAUAGUUAUCAACCACAACAAGCGCUACCGCAGGAUUGGGCGAGGGGUUUUACACCAGUGCCACAGCUGCAACAGAAUCCGAUGGCUGGGAAACUUGUUGCUGCUGCCACCACUGCUGUGAGGACUAAUGAUCGGUUCGAGAGGAAUUGGGCAUGGUAG